UCCUCCUGCUCCUCCGCUCUCCACUUCUUCACUGCUCGCCACGGACCCAACCCACCCGAGAGCAUGGCGGCAGCAGCGACGGCGGCGCCGCCGCCGGCGGUCGCCACCGCGCUCUCCGCGCUCCUCCCCCGCGGCGCGAGCCGAAGCCAUUCCCUCCGGGCCUCCUCUCGCCCCAGGUGCGUCUCCUCGGACGCGGUCGCGGAGGCUGAGCCUGCGCCGGCGCGGAGGGGAGGCCACGCCGGGACCCGCCUGGAGGAGGCCGUGCCGGCCGCGGAGGGGCGGUCUCGGGUCGACGCGUGGAUCUCCGCGCGGCUGGGCGGCGGGGGCGUCAGCCGCGCGCGCGUGCAGGCCAGCAUCCGCGCCGGCCUCGUCGCCGUCAACGGCCGCCCCGUCUCCAAGGUUUCACAUACGGUGAAGGGAGGGGACAAGGUCAGCUGCACUGUGUCGGAGCUGCAGCCGCUGAGGGCAGAGGCGGAGGACAUCCCGCUGGACAUUGUUUAUGAGGACGAGCAUCUUCUCGUCGUGAACAAACCGGCUCAUAUGGUUGUUCACCCAGCACCAGGGAAUGCAAAUGGCACCUUAGUCAAUGCUAUACUUCACCACUGCAAGAUUUCAACUUUUACCUGUUUAGCACGCAGCCCAAUUUAUGAUGAGUGCCCUGAAUCUUCAGAUGAUGAUGUUGACGUAUUUGAUGUUGACCAAUUUACUAUUGGUGAAGUAAGUUCGGAGGUCCGCGAAGCUAUUGUGCGCCCUGGUAUUGUGCAUAGGCUUGAUAAGGGGACAAGCGGACUCCUUGUUGUAGCUAAGGAUGAGCAUUCACAUGCUCAAUUAGCAGAGCAAUUCAAGCUGCAUACAAUAAGUAGGGUAUACAUCAGUCUUACUUGUGGUGUACCUAGCCCAACUUCUGCCAGAAUUGAAGUUCCUAUAUCUCGUGAUCCUAACAACCGGAUACGUAUGGUUGCUGCUCCUGGAUCAGGCCACAGAUAUGCAAAGCAUGCUGCUAGUAGGUAUAAAGUAAGAGAGGUCUUUUGUGGUGGUGGAUCUGCACUGGUAGAGUGGAGACUAGAAACGGGGCGCACUCACCAGAUCCGAGCACAUGCAAAAUAUCUAGGGAACCCCCUACUUGGUGAUGAAACAUAUGGAGGUACCAAAAGCAUGGCAUUGUCACUUUUGAGACCCAGAACUCCUUCAAAAUAUCAUGGUGACCUUACAAAUCUGGUAUCGAAGAUAGACAGGCCAUGUCUCCAUGCUGCAUUGCUUGGGUUCAAGCAUCCUCACUCUGGAAAGGUACUUGAAUUCUCGUGUCCCCCUCCAGAUGAUUUUACCGAGGUACUUGAUGAACUGCGCCGUGUUACACCGACAAAUGAAGGCCAAGACAGUGACAGUGCUGCUCAAGUGUGAUUAGUGCAAAUGGCGAAUACACAAAGUGCUGCUUCAGGUAUGUGGUAUGUUUGACCUGAAGGUCUUUGGACUUGUGCCAUCUCUGAGUGAAUGGCCAAACUGACGGAGAGGUCGUCAAGCUUUUCAUCAUGUUCAACGAGAGAUGAGCACGACACCAAGAAAGAAGCUUCAGGAAUGUUGACAAGUCUUGGGGACAUAUUUUAGUGCUCUUUUUCUAUGUUUAAGGAACCUAGGGAAAAUGCAUGGUUAAUGAAGUGCGCUGAAAGCAUUUUAGCACAAUGCGAUGGGUGUGCACUGUACAGAGAUGUAAAAUACACUAAAACACGAUGCUCUGGUGAAAUGGAAAUUUUGGCUUACAUCAA